GCCUGUGCAUACAUAAAGCAUUCUGAUUGUAGACCGUCUCUAUAAGAGGCCAGACACACUAAGCCUACACAUAGACAGUACAAAGGGAGCCACUGGGUGCAGGCAGCAAGUUUACACAGCUAUACAAAAAGAAAAGGCCAUACUUUAUAUUUUUUUCAAUAUAGACAAGCUGCACUUUUAGGACAUGGGCGCGCAUGGAUCUAAGCCUCGGAAACAAGCACAGGUCCUGAUGCUGGGUCUGGACGGAUCGGGGAAGACUACCCUGCUCUACAGGCUGAAGUACAACGAGAGCGUGGUGACUGUGCCAACUGUGGGCUUCAACGUGGAAACACUGGAGACUGACAGGAGCAGCCCGGGCCUGACGGUCUGGGACGUGGGGGGUCAGAAGAAGAUGAGACCCCAUUGGAGGCAUCACUACACCGACACAGCUGGACUGGUGUUUGUAGUGGACAGCUGUGAUCAGAGGCGGCUGGAUGAGGCACGCAAAGAACUUCACCGGGUCCUGAAGUACGAGAGUCUCAAAGGGGUUCCUCUCGUGGUCCUUGGCAACAAACAGGACCUCCAUGGCGCUCUAAGUCCAGAAAUGCUCUGCCUGACACUGGACCUGAGUAGAGUGUGUGAGGGCAGGCCCUGGUUUAUCCAGCCCUGUUCAGCCACCACUGGCAUGGGACUAGAGGAAGGUUUCAGGAGGAUAGUCUAUCUGAUGAAGACUCCAUUUAAACAGACUCAAGAGGACAUUAAGGUUAAGAUGAAGUCUAAGGGCAUCAGUGUCACAGCUGUGAAACAAGUCUUGAUCUGCAGCGGAUGAUAAAUGAAAAUCUUUCUUGGAGAUGCAUUCAAAUGAUGUUCAGGAUUCCUUCUUGUCUGCCUGUGUAAGUUGUCCGCAAAUGGCCCCACUGUGGCGUUUAUAGGCUCAAACGAGAGGAGGUGAGAAGCAAAGGGAUCUGAUUAUCAUCAUUUUAAGUGUUAAUCUCAGUGGCAGAAAGAACUUUUACUCAAUCCUGGUGAAGACAAAGUGCCUUUGAACUGUGGUGGUAACCCAUGAGGAUGCUGUGAGUAAUCUUGGGUUAUGCCAGCUGACGUAUCACAAGCUAUAUUAGCCGUUUGCAAAACAAUAUGUUUGCGAUAAUUCAGAC